GCCCACUCUGGUGGGGGUGACGGCGUCAACGUUUAACCGACGGCGACGUAAUCCCACCAGCAGAAAAAAAGAUGCCGUUUCCUAAACGGAGCCCGCCAAGCCGAGCCGAGUGCCUACCGCCGAACCCGAAAGCCGAAGCCGGCCGACCCCCUUCUUUGUCCUCACGCGCUUUCCCCGGCGACUCUCCUAAUUUGCCCUUCUCCCAUCUUCCCUUUCUCUCCCUCUCCUCAGAUCUCAGCUCUCCGUCGCCGCCGCGACUUUUCUCUCUGCAUCUCUCGCUGUCUCUAGGUCCAGCUGGGGGACAUGACGGAUUCUGCCGUCACGCCGCCGGCGUCCGGUCAGAGCAACCCCCGCCCGAUUCCGGUCCGGGAGGACUGCUGGAGCGAGGAGGCGACGGGGACUCUGAUCGACGCCUGGGGCAGCCGCUACGUCGAGCUCAACCGCGGGAACCUCCGCCAGAAGGACUGGCGCGAGGUGGCCGACGCCGUCAACUCCCUCCACGGCCACAGCAAGAAGACCCACCGCACUGACGUCCAGUGUAAGAACCGGAUCGACACUGUCAAGAAGAAGUACAAGACCGAGAAGGCGCGGAUCUCGGCCUCGAACGGGGCUCUCACUUCCUCGUGGAUCUUCUACGACCGCCUCGAUUCCCUGAUCGGGCCCAGCCUCUCGGCGAAGAAACCCUCACCGUCGCCGCCGAUAUCGCCGCCGGUGGCGCUGCCGCUUCCGUACAAGAAGAUGCCGUCGCCGGCGCUGGCAGCUGCGGCUCUCCCGCAGAAGAGGCCGGCCGAGAGAGCGGACGAUUCCUACUUCAGGAGGAACUACUCGGAGGUCGCGGCGGCUGCGGCGGCAUCCGUUGAAGUAGACGACGAGGACGAUGAGGAUCUGGAAGAGGAUCGGGAGAGCGAGGAGGAGGAUGGGGAGGGGAUGAAGAAGCUAGCGAAGGCGAUAGAGAGGUUUGGGGAGGUGUACCAGAGAGUGGAAGGGGAGAAGUUGAGGCAAACGAUGGAUUUGGAGAAGCAGAGGAUGCAGUUUGCUAAGGACUUGGAGGUCCAGAGGUUGAAGAUGUUCAUGGACACGCAGGUUCAGCUCGAGCGGAUCAAGCACAAGCGCUCCGCUUCCAAUGAUAUUUAUAGCUAGCUCCAUGGGAAGGAGCUUCGGUCGGGAUUUGCAAUCCUCCACCAUGUCUUUCUAUAACCAAGUGAAUCACAACUGGUCUAGCCUUGGAGAAUGUCAGAUUAUCAUUAGCAUGCUUAUUGGUAGAUAAUGCUAUCAAAGUCUUUAGAGUUUCUUCCUUUCUUUUCAGUUUUUUUUUUUUCCCUCUUUUCUCCUUUCCUUUCUGUGCUUAGUAGUGUCAUACUUUUUAACCUAUAAUAUUGUCUGUAUUUAUUUCAUUUCAUUUUUUUUAUUUGGGUAACUGUGGAGUCUCAAACCCUCGGCGACUGCCUUCAACUUAGCUUUAUAUCGAUGGUAAUUUGUAAUCCUUGUCUCAAGAUUGUGUAUAAAUCUGUAUAACGUGCUUCUGCUAUACUGAGUCGAGUAUUAGUUAAUCCAA